AUGAGCUCCCCAGACAGGCCAGGCUUCCCGUCGGGGCUGCUCUCGGGGGGCGCCUCCCCCAGCGGCGAUGAGGGCUUCUUUCCCUUCGUGCUGGAGCGGCGGGACUCGUUCCUGGGAGGGGCCCCUGGACCCGACGAGCCGGAAGACCUCGGUCUGCAGCUGCAGCGGAGGGAGAAGGACUUGCUGCUGGCCGCGGAACUUGGCAAGAUGCUUCUGGAGCGAAACGAGGAGCUGAGCCGUCAGUUGGAGGCCCUGAGCGCCCAGCACGCCGAGCGGGAGGAACGACUGCAACAGGAGAACCAUGAGCUCCGGCGGGGCCUGGCAGCCCGUGGAGCCGAGUGGGAGGCCCGAGCCGUGGAGCUGGAGGGAGACGUGGAGGCUUUGCGGGCCCAGCUUGGAGAGCAGCGCUCUGAGCAGCUGGACAGCGGGCGCGCGCGAGCGCGCGCUCUGGGCGAGCUCAGCGAGCAGAACAUGCGGCUCAGCCAGCAGCUGGCUCAGGCCUCCCAGACAGAGCAGGAGCUGCAGAAGGAACUGGAUGCCCUCCGAGGGCAGUGCCAGGCACAAGACAUGGUUGGGGCAGAGCUGAGGACUCGGUUAGAGAGCUUGCAGGGGGAGAACAAAAUGCUGCAGAGUCGCAGGCAAGACCUGGAGGCGCAGAUCCGAGACCUGCGUGAGGAAGCAAAGAAGGGCCAGGACCGGCUGCAGGCCACCCGAGAGGAGCUGUUGGUGCUGCAGCGAGAGAAGCGGGAGCACAGCCUGGAGCUGGAGCGCGCACACUUCGAGGCUGGGGAGGCUCUGAGUGCACUGAGGCGGCUUCAGCGAAGGGUGUCCGAACUGGAGGAGGAGUCCCGCUUCCAGGACGCUGAUGUGUCAGGUGCCUCCCUGCAGUCUGAGCUUGCCCACAGCCUCGAGAGCGAUCAAGACCAGGGCACAGACAGACACAGAGAUGCCCCGACGUCCCUGUCCCCAAGUACCCAAAAGGCAUCCAGUCCACAACCUUCGCUCCAGGUGGAGAGCUUGGAGCCCCCCAAGAAGCGGGCAACCCUGAACCCAGCGGAUAUGCUGGAGGAGAGGGAGGCAGAAGUGGCCAGGCUCCAAGAUGAAGUGGCACUGCAGCGGGAAGAGCUGCAGUCCCUGCGGGAAGAGCUGCAGCGGCAGAAGGAGCUGAGGGAGCAGCAGGACCCGGGGGCAGCCCUGAGUAGCGCCCUCUCUGACAGGGACAAGGCUGUGAACAAGGCCCUAGAGCUGUCCCUGGAGCUCAGCAGUGUCUCACUGGAGCGGGACUCCCUUUCCCGGGAGCUGCUGCGCGCCAUCCGUCAGAAGGUGGCGCUGACACAGGAGCUGGAAGCCUGGCAGGAUGACAUGCAGGUGGUGAUCGGGCAGCAGCUGCGCUGGCAGCGCCAGAAGGAGCUGAGUGCCGCCGCAGCCUCCACUGCCUCGUCCCGCAGCAGCUCAUCGCGCUUCUUGCGGCGCCUGGGCCCGGGGCCCGCAGGUGGCUUCCUCAGCCUCUUCCGGAGGACCUGA